AUGGUAAUGGAAAUUGUGGUCUCCGUAGUGUUGCUGUUAGUGGGAAUAGCUGUUUUGGUAUUCAUUCAUGUUUGUAUUGUUGGAAGAGCAUUUAGGAGCAGAAAUGGUAUAAAUGGUGUCAUUUUUAAUCCAAGAAAUGUGAACAAAAGCAUGUCAAAGGAAGAUAUAAAGAAGCUGCCCUGUUUUGAUUACAGUGUGGAAAUAAAAGGAAGUAGUAGCCCUGUGGAUUGUGCUGUGUGUUUGGAGAAUUUUAAGGCUGGUGAAAAGUGCAGGCUUUUACCAAAGUGUAACCAUAAUUUUCAUGCUCAAUGCAUUGAUUCAUGGCUACAGAAAACAGCUGCUUGUCCAAUUUGCAGAGCCAGUGCUAAAUCGCCAUUGAAAACAGAGCAAGAAAACAACAAUUCUAGUGAAGUUGGACUUGAAAUGACUUAA